AAGUCCGCCGUCUUUGUGAGGUCAACACGCCAUCCGUUUCAUAAAAUGGUUUUAUAUAACAUAUUUUUCCUAUUCGAUAGAUGUUCACAUAAAGGUAGGCUAUUCCUACAUUGGUUAGUACCCGUUGGUUAGUACCCGCAUGUACUUAUUGAACAUUUGCACACCUAGUUUGAAACAAUUAAACAGUGGGAUAAGAAAAUUGUAAUCAGACAUUUAAUUAUUAGUUAGGGAAAUCAUUAUUAUUUCAUUAUCAUUAUUUCACACUUCACUGUCACCACCUCGUGCGUGAGCCCCAUGUGAGCCAACAGCGCCAGCCUAGCGGUGGACUGAACCUCUGGGUCGCUGCGCCCUCACAGCGCCAUCUAGCGUUGGACUGAACCUUCGGGUUGCUGCGCCCUCCCUCCUCCCACGUAGUCAUUCUGGGAGCCGAGGGAUCAUAAAUACACGGCUGCAAGUUAUCCAAGUUUUUUCCCCCGGAUCCCAGUGUUUGUGGUCCCGGAUGCUAAAUGACUAUGUUGGACCAUUAAAUCACUGGAUUAUAAGAUUGAACUAUAAUUGACCAUUGGCUUUAACCCUGGGACCGUUUAUAUUCCGUGGAUGGACGAAAUAUUGAGCCUUUGGAGUUAGUGGAUGUUUACCCAGUCCGAAAGUGAUCGACAUUUACCGGUUGAAGUUUUCAAGAAGCAAGAAAUUAUUAAAAAAAUUAAAACAUUCUUCUAGGCCAAUUCUGGUCGCAUCGAGGCAACUUCGCUUCCGCAACACUCGGACGAUCGGCGAAUUAAAGAAAAGCCCUGCUCGGAUGAAAAAGACAUCUUCAUAAGAGACAAUCAUUUAUUUCUACCGAUUCAAUUUAAACUUCAAUUAUUUCUAUAACCAUGGCAAAAAAGUAUGAUUUCCUUUUCAAACUACUGCUGAUUGGUGACAGUGGAGUGGGAAAAACGUGUCUGAUCAUUCGAUUUGCCGAGGACAACUUCAACUCUACCUACAUCUCCACCAUCGGAAUUGACUUCAAGGUGAAAACCAUUGAGGUUGACGGAAAGAAAGUGAAACUACAAGUCUGGGAUACGGCUGGCCAGGAGCGCUUUAAGACCAUCACGACAGCUUACUACAGGGGAGCCAUGGGUAUUAUCCUGGUGUAUGACAUCACUGAUGACAAGUCCUUUGAAAACAUCCAGAACUGGAUGAAAAGCAUCAGAGAGAAUGCUUCAGCUGGAGUCAGUCAGAUGUUGCUGGGGAAUAAGUGUGACAUCGAGGCCAAGAGGAAAGUUACCAAGGAGACGGGCGAGAAGCUGGCAAAGGAUCAUGGGAUCAGGUUCUUCGAGACGAGUGCAAAGUCAAGCAUCAACGUUGACGAGUCCUUUAUGGCUUUGGCACUGGACAUCCUACACAAAUCCAGUAGGAAACCAGGGCAGAACGACCGGGUCAGAAUCACCAGCACACAAAAGAAGUCCUCCAAAUGUAAUCUCUUCUAGAUCCUCUCUUGUGUAACAAACACGUCACUACUAUCAUGUUUACAAGUAACAAAGCAGUAAACUACAACCACAGGGACAGAAGAAAACGAAAUGAACACCUACUAUUAAUGUCACUUACUGUAAUUCAUAUUAUAGCAAGUAACAUGACCGGAGACAAUCAGAAAGACCCAUAAUCAGUGUUUCCUAAUGCUGUACCGGAGGUCUGCUGUUAAUGUUUGAGUACACUUAUGCCGCAUUCAGCGCAAAGCAAUAACCCUUAUCUACCCCUGGUUUGACCCCAAUGGAUCAACCAUCUCAUGGUGGCAGAAACCCAGCCUUAAGGUUCUGGGUUUAUCAUACCCCAAUAGUCCACAAUAGUAUGCAUCCCUGAGCAAGAUGCUAAGAAACACACCCUCUUCGCUAAGGUCGACCUUCAUAUCUCGACUCUCCAACGUAGAUUCAACAUUGAUCCCCCACUUAUGACCCCCAGAAGCCAGAGUGAUGCUCAGGUAGGCUAAGUCGGAACUGUAGUUACCGGAUGAUGGCAAUAUUAUAACCUUUUUAUUAUUAUUAUCUCAACUAUACUAUGGUUGGAUUAGGCCAAAAUGCUGAAUGAAUUUCCAUUCUGUAUCGAUUUUUCGGAAGCAGAUUUUUUAUUGUGAAAAUAAUAUGAAUGACCCACAGGAGAUCGGUAUGCUGUCUCCAUCUGGUGGCCAUAAUUAAUUCACGUUGAACUGUAAGACAACAACCAAAUGAGAAAAAUACUUUUCAAUUUUAUAUCUUUGGGUGGUUUACAGCAAAAUAUUCUUUGGACUAGAUCUCGGCUGAUUAUUUUAAAGUGUCAGUAUAAUUGAUGUCUAGUGAUACAGGAGUAGAGGAGUAGUUUAAACAGCAGCAAAGCAAUUAUUUCUCACAUAAGAAAUUGACCUGGCACUUCAGGACCAGUUUAUCAUAGAGCAGCCAAAUCCUGAGUUAAGUGUCGGCUGUUAAGAUAACAUGAAUUCCUUUAAAAUCUAUCUAGGAAAUUAUAUGGAAGUCCCAAGGACGUAUAGGAAAAAUAACACCUCCACCUACAGUAUUCCAUUAAGCUGAUUUGAGAGACUAGCAACUACUUUCAUGUAAAAUUGUAGGAUUUGGUUUUAUAUUCAUAAAAAACAUCUGGUUCGUUUCGGUAUCUCUGUUGCCAUUUCAGUUUUAUAGGCUAUAUUUGUAUUUCCUAAACAUCCUAAACCAUUUUUUAACAAGACAAAAAAAAAAAAAAAAU